AUCUCUUUCCAUGUGGGGAUUGAAUCUAUGGUUCAAGGCUACAAAUAAAUAAAUAGCAAGAAAAUAAGAAAAAGGGUUUUGUUUCAUUUCGGUUUUUCUCUUCAUCCACUUCUCACUCUCACACUUUUCUCUCACAAUCAGAUUCAGCAAUUCUUUAAUUUUUCUCAUGGCUUCAGAUUCCAAAAAGGAUUUUCCUGCUGAUGACAAAGCUGGUACACCAGAGAAUAAAACUUCCAAAGAAGAAACAUCAUCUAAAGAUUCUCCAGCAGGACCAAGAGCUGCUUCCGGACCUGCAGCUGGGUUUCCAAACAACCCUUUUGAUUUCUCGGGGAUGGCUGGUCUGCUCAAUGAUCCAAGUAUCAAGGAAUUGGCUGAACAGAUAGCAAAAGAUCCAUCAUUCAAUCAGAUGGCUGAACAGCUUCAGAAAACUUUUCAAGGAGCUCCACAGGAUAGUGUCCCCAACUUUGAUAACCAACAAUAUUUUUCAACCAUGCAACAGGUUAUGCAGAAUCCUAAUUUUAUGAACAUGGCUGAGCGUCUGGGUAAUGCAUUGAUGCAGGAUCCAUCUAUGUCUGCCAUGCUUGAAAAUUUUGCUAAUCCCUCAAAUAAAGACCAGCUUGAAGAAAGAAUGGCACGAAUCAAGGAGGAUCCAUCACUGAAACAUAUUUUGGAGGAGAUAGAAACCGGUGGUCCUGCUGCUAUGAUGAGGUACUGGAAUGAUGAAAAUGUUUUGAGGAAGUUGGGACAGGCAAUGGGUCUUGCAAAUACUGGAGAUGUAGGUGCCACUGCUGAACAUUCUGGGGGAGAUGAGACAGAAGAUUUGGGAAAUGAAGAUGAAUCAAUUGUUCAUCAUACUGCUAGUGUUGGUGAUGUGGAGGGCUUGAAAACUGCACUAGCUUCUGGUGCUGACAAGGAUGAAGAAGAUUCUGAGGGAAGAACUGCCUUGCAUUUUGCCUGUGGAUAUGGCGAGGUGAAGUGUGCUCAAGUUCUCCUUGAGGCUGGAGCAAAAGUGGAUGCUUUGGACAAGAAUAAGAACACUGCUCUCCAUUACGCAGCCGGUUAUGGCAGGAAGGAAUGUGUGGCCCUUCUGCUUGAAAACGGUGCUGCAGUUACUCUGCAGAAUAUGGACGGGAAAACUCCUAUAGAUGUUGCGAAGUUAAAUAAUCAAAAUGAUGUCCUGAAGCUACUUGAGAAAGAUGCUUUUCUGUAGUUGUAAUGCUGUCACAAACAAGCAGAGGGGAAACUAAGGGGAAGAAGGGCAUCAUGACUUGUUUAUUUCUCUUUUGGUUUCUUCCAACCCUUUAGUGUGUUGAACUAAAUUCGAUUAACGUUAUUGGAUGUGAGUCACCAUAGAAUUUGUCAUCUAUGUUCUUGUAAUGCAUUGAUUGUUACAUUGCAUGAUUUUGAAGCUCAGUUCCGUUAUAAUUUA